AUGGAACAGGCCAUCAUCGAAGCCCAUGAACUCGUGGACCGUCCCAACGAGACCACCGACUGGACGGAACUAGAUCAAGGCCAACACUCCCUCCCUAGACCCGACGGUGGAAAAGACGCCUGGCUCUUCCUAUGCAGCUGCUUCAUCCUCGAAGCGCUCGUCUGGGGCAUGCCCUUCAGUUACGGCGUCUUCCAGACCCACUACACCGCCAACUUCGCCUCCGCCUCCUCCAGCAUUGCAGCAAUCGGCACCUCGCAAACCGGCAUCAUGUACCUCAGUACGCCCCUCCUCGCGCUCUUGAUGCAGCGCUGGCCGAGACUUCGACGGCUUGGGAUGUACGCCGGUGCGGUCAUUGCCAUUACAGCUAUGGUGGCGGCUUCUUUCUGCAAUAGUGUGAGCGGGUUGCUGGCGACGCAGGGUGUGAUGUAUGCAAUUGGAGGGAUGACGUUGUAUUAUCCGGCGAUGGUUUAUGUCGACGAAUGGUUUGUUGCGAGGAAGGGCACGGCUUAUGGUGUUAUGUGGGCUGGCACCGGAUCGGCGGGGGUGGUGGUGCCGUUUUUGCUGCAGUGGUUGUUGGAUUCGUAUGGGUUUCGGGUUGCUUUAAGGGUCUGGGCCGUCGUGUUGGUCGUUGGCAUCACGCCCUGCCUUUUCUGGGUCAAACCACGUCUUCCCAUCACAAGCUCCAACGCUCUCCGCCCCGUGAACUUCGGCUUCAUGAAACACCCGCCUUUCUGGAUCUUUCUAGCUGGCGUGGUCUUUCAAUCUCUGUCGUUCUUCCUCCCGCCCCUCUGGCUACCCUCCUUCGCAGCAGAAAUCGGUCUGCCCAAAUUCGCCGGACCGCUUGGCCUAGCGGUGAUCAACCUCGCCAACUGCUUCGGUGCACCAAUGGUAGGCUGGCUGGUGGACAGAUUCCACGUCUCCGUGGCGCUGUCGAUAACAACGCUGGGUCAGGUGGUGGCCAUCUUCGUCUUCUGGGGCCUGACAUCGUCACAAGCGAUGUUCUACAUGUUCGCUCUGACUUUUGGACUGUUUGGCGGUGGGUUUAGCUCGACAUGGUCGCGUUAUGCCCCGGCGAUGGAGAAACAGAGUGGAAAUGAGCGCACGGAGGCCGGACUUGUGCUGUCGUUAAUGUGCGCUGGUCGAGGUAUUGGAGCUGUGAUCACUGGUCCCCUUAGCGAGGCUCUGCUGGAGGGAGGGUGGAGCUCCCGUGCGAGCUUUGCGUAUGGAACGGACUAUGGCGUGCUGAUCCUGUUCUCGGGUGUCUUUGCGACUCUUGGAGGGACGGCUUGUGUGGGGCGAUUGUUGAAGUUAUUGUAG